AUGGGGACAGCCAAGAACAACCACACUGUACUGAAACUUCCCCUCCUUGACAAACCCAAGACACAGAAAAACUAUGCCCAACCUGAGGUUCUGUGUCACACCUUUGAGACCCUGUCUAACCUUCACAAACUGCUGCCAAAUCAUAUGAUGGAGACACUCUACUUCUACAAGAGGGAAGAGGACAAACAAAAUUGUCGGAAUUCUGAAUUCUCUGGCUUAGAAAGGAUUUUAGCAAGACAUCAGUUUCCAAAAGAGAUUAAUCUGACUCCCAAUCCAAGUAGCAUGCCCCUGUGGAGAAGAAAAUGCAUCAACAAUGCAAAUCGUGGGUGGAAGAAAUGUCAAUUGUGGAAUAAAAGCCUUGAGGAACCUCCAAUGUCAACCAUAGUUGUCAGAUGGUUGAAAAAGAACAUGCAACCCGCCGAAGACCUCCAGUCAGUAGUCCAGAGGCUGUCAGUGUUUGGGCCAAUUAAGUCAGUCACCUUCUGUGGACGGCAAAGUGCUAUCGUGGUGUUCGAAGACCUGACUUCAGCUUGUAAUGCUGUGAAUGCUUUUCAAAGCAGGACCACAGGCACAAUGUUUCAGUGUUCCUGGCAACAGCGUUUCAUGUCAAAAGAUGUAAGACUCGCUACGACCAAAAACCUCUGUAGAUUCUUGUUUUACAUGUCAUUUGUUUUUCACCAGGGCUUUAGUGAAGUAGGAUAA